GGCUCAGCGGCUUCCGGAGACGUGUCUGAGGCGGGACGAUGGCGUCCGGGGCGGCUGCGGGCUCCGCCGGGCAGGGCGGCGACGCCGACGAACUCUUCGAUGUGAAGAACAACUUCUAUAUCGGCGCCUAUCAGGCCGCCAUCAACGAGGCGCAGCGGGUCAAGCUGUCUACCCCCGAGAAGGAAGUGGAGAGAGAUGUUUUCUUGUUCCGAGCCUACAUCGCCCAGAGGAAGUAUGGAGUUGUCCUGGAUGAAAUUAAAGCCAAUGCUUGUCCUGAGCUCCAGGCAGUGAGGAUGUUUGCAGAAUACCUUUCAAAUGAGUCUCAGAGGGAUGCAAUUGUGGCUGAUCUGGACAAGAAGAUGGCCAAAAGUGUCGAUGUGACCAACACAACCUUCCUGCUGAUGGCUGCUUCCAUCUACUUCCACGACCAGAACCCCGACGCGGCGCUGCGGACGCUGCACCAGGGGGACAGCCUGGAGUGCACAGCCAUGAUGAUCCAGAUCCUCCUGAAGCUGGACAGGCUGGAUCUGGCUCGCAAGGAACUGAAGAAGAUGCAGGAGCAGGAUGAGGAUGCAACCCUGACUCAGCUGGCCACUGCCUGGGUGAACCUGGCCAUGGGUGGUGAGAAGCUCCAGGAUGCUUACUACAUCUUCCAGGAGAUGGCAGACAAAUGCUCCCCCACCCUCCUCCUGCUCAACGGCCAAGCAGCCUGCUACAUGGCCCAGGGCAAGUGGGAUGAUGCAGAGGGAGUGCUGCAGGAGGCCCUGGACAAGGACAGUGGCCACCCUGAGACCCUCAUCAACUUCAUUGUUCUGUCACAGCACUUGGGCAAAGCACCAGAGGUUACCAACCGCUACCUGUCCCAGCUGAGGGAUGCUCACAGAAGCCAUCCCUUCAUCAAGGAGUAUCAGGCAAAGGAGAACGACUUUGACCGCCUGGCCCUGCAGUAUGCCCCCAGCGCCUGAGCAGAGGGGCAGGAGGCUGUGGAGCUGCUCUCUGCUGCCCUGGGAACUGAGCUUCAUCUGCAGAGCCUCUGUGGGAGCACCAGAAAGUGCUCCCUGCAGCCUCCUCUGGCUUCAGGCAGCGUGGCAGGGC